AUUUUAAACAGAUUGUAAUAAUUUUUUUAUAGGUACAUAGGGUUAUUCAGUUUAACCAGUCUGACUGGUUAGCCAAAUAUAUAGAAUUAAACACAGAGUUGAGGAAAAAGGCGAAGAAUGCGUUUGAGAAGGACUUUUUUAAACUUAUGAAUAACGCUGUAUUUGGUAAAACAAUGCAGUCUAAAAGGAAGGAAAUGAAGAUGGAGUUGGUGUCAUGUGAGAGGAGGUUACAAAAAUUGAUUAAUAAGUGUACAUUUAAACACUGCACAAAUUACAACGAGAACCUUAACGCUGUAACGCUUGAGAACAAAAUUAUAAAAUUUGACAAACCUAUAUAUAUUGGAUUUGCUGUAUUAGAUAUUAGCAAAACGUUAAUGUAUGAUUACCACUAUAAUGUCAUGCAGAAACAUUAUGGAGAUAGAAUUAAGCUUAUGUACACUGACACAGAUUCACUAGUGUAUCAUGUUCAGACAGAAGAUUUUUAUGUGGACUUGGCGGCUAUUAUACUUGUACCUAUAUUAUGUUAG